GCCGCGGGGUUGGCUGCUGCCCUGAGGCCGGACUCAACGGAUCAGGGGCCGCGCCACCGGGCGAGCUCGCCGCCCGGCCCCAGCCCGGAGCCAGGGAGCGAGUAAGGCGGUGCCGCGCGAUUUGAUUGUAAAUGCAUCACGGAGAGGCAUCCCAGAAUGAAGAAAGCAAGCAGGAGUGUUGGCUCAGUGCCUAAACUGUCUGGAACAAGUAAAACACAAACAGUAGAAAAAAUUAAGUCUGAAAACAGCUCUUCAGCAUCUACAGGAGGCAAACUUGUAAAAUCUGGAACAGCAGCAUCACUCUCAAAGACCAAGAGUAGUGAUGACCUUUUAGCUGGAAUGGCUGGAGGGGUAACAGUGACUAAUGGUGUUAAAGGAAAGAAAAGUACCUGCCCAUCUGCAGCACCUUCAGCAUCUGCCCCUGCCAUGACCACCGUGGAGAACAAGUCCAAGAUUAGCACAGGCACAACUUCAUCCAAGCGGAGCACUUCUGCAGGUAGUAAAGAAUCUAGUUCUACUAGAGAAAGAUUACGUGAACGUACUCGACUAAACCAGAGCAAAAAACUACCUUCUGCGGGUCAGGGAGCUAAUGAUGUGGCUUUGGCUAAACGUUCCCGCAGUCGCAUUACUGCUGAAUGUGAUGUUCGAAUGAGCAAGUCUAAAUCGGACAAUCAGAUCAGUGACAAAGCUGCUUUGGAAGCCAAAGUGAAAGAUCUCCUCGCACUGGCAAAAACCAAAGAUGUGGAAAUUUUACAUUUAAGAAAUGAACUUCGAGACAUGCGUGCUCAGCUGGGCAUUAAUGAAGAUCAUUUUGAGGGCGAUGAGAAAUCUGAGGAGAAGGAAACAAUUAUUGCUCACCAGCCUACUGAUGUGGAGUCUACUUUAUUGCAGUUGCAGGAACAGAAUACUGCCAUCCGUGAAGAACUCAACCAGCUGAAAAAUGAAAACAGAAUGUUAAAGGACAGGUUGAAUGCAUUGGGCUUUUCCUUAGAGCAGAGGUUAGACAAUUCUGAAAAAUUAUUUGGCUAUCAGUCCCUGAGCCCAGAAAUUGCCACUGGUAACCAGAGUGAUGGAGGAGGAACUCUGACUUCUUCAGUGGAAGGCUCUGCCCCUGGGUCAGUGGAGGAUCUCUUGAGUCAGGAUGAAAAUACGCUCAUGGACCAUCAGCAUAGUAACUCUAUGGACAACCUAGACAGUGAAUGCAGUGAGGUUUACCAACCUCUCACUUCAAGUGAUGAUGCUCUGGAUGCACCAUCAUCUUCAGAGUCAGAGGGCAUCCCCAGCAUAGAGCGCUCUCGGAAAGGGAGCAGUGGGAAUGCAAGUGAGGUGUCUGUUGCUUGCUUGACAGAACGAAUACACCAGAUGGAAGAGAACCAGCACAGUACGAGCGAGGAACUUCAAGCAACUCUGCAAGAACUAGCUGAUUUACAGCAGAUUACCCAAGAACUGAAUAGUGAAAAUGAAAGGCUUGGGGAGGAAAAAGUCAUUCUUAUGGAAUCCUUAUGUCAACAAAGUGAUAAGUUAGAACACUUUAGUCGACAGAUUGAAUAUUUUCGUUCCCUUCUAGAUGAACAUCACAUUUCUUAUGUUAUAGAUGAAGAUGUAAAAAGUGGACGUUAUAUGGAGUUAGAACAACGUUAUAUGGAUUUAGCUGAGAAUGCCCGUUUUGAACGAGAACAGCUGCUAGGUGUUCAGCAGCAUUUAAGUAAUACUUUGAAAAUGGCAGAACAGGAUAACAAGGAAGCUCAAGAAAUGAUAGGUGCACUCAAAGAACGUAGUCACCACAUGGAGCGAAUUAUUGAAUCUGAGCAGAAGGGCAAGGCAGCCUUGGCAGCCACAUUAGAGGAGUACAAAGCCACAGUGGCUAGUGACCAGAUAGAGAUGAAUCGCCUGAAAGCCCAGCUAGAGAAUGAAAAGCAGAAAGUGGCUGAGCUAUAUUCUAUCCAUAACUCUGGAGAUAAAUCUGAUAUUCAGGAUCUCCUGGAGAGUGUUAGACUGGACAAAGAAAAGGCAGAGACUUUGGCUAGUAGCCUACAGGAAGAUCUGGCUCAUACCCGAAAUGAUGCUAAUAGAUUGCAGGACACUAUUGCUAAGGUAGAAGAUGAAUAUCGAGCCUUCCAAGAAGAAGCUAAGAAACAAAUUGAAGAUUUAAAUAUGACAUUAGAAAAAUUAAGGUCAGAACUGGAGGAAAAAGAGACAGAACGGAGCGACAUGAAAGAAACCAUCUUUGAACUUGAAGAUGAAGUAGAACAACAUCGAGCUGUGAAACUUCAUGACAACCUCAUUAUUUCUGAUUUAGAGAAUACAGUUAAAAAACUCCAGGACCAAAAACAUGACAUGGAAAGAGAAAUCAAGACACUCCAUAGGAGACUUAGGGAAGAAUCUGCGGAAUGGCGGCAGUUUCAAGCUGAUCUCCAGACCGCAGUAGUCAUUGCAAAUGACAUUAAAUCUGAAGCCCAAGAGGAGAUUGGUGAUCUGAAGCGCCGGUUACAUGAGGCUCAAGAAAAAAAUGAGAAACUCACAAAAGAAUUGGAGGAAAUAAAGUCACGCAAGCAAGAGGAGGAGCGAGGCCGGGUGUACAACUACAUGAAUGCUGUUGAAAGAGAUUUGGCAGCCUUAAGGCAGGGGAUGGGACUGAGUAGAAGGUCCUCAACUUCCUCAGAGCCAACUCCUACAGUAAAAACCCUUAUCAAGUCCUUUGACAGUGCAUCUCAAGUACCAAACCCUGCUGCAGCUGCAAUUCCUCGAACACCUCUGAGUCCAAGUCCUAUGAAAACCCCUCCUGCAGCAGCUGUAUCCCCUAUGCAGAGACAUUCCAUAAGUGGACCAAUUUCAACAUCUAAGCCCCUGACAUCUUUGUCAGAUAAGAGACCAAACUAUGGGGAAAUCCCUGUUCAAGAACAUCUAUUAAGAACAUCUUCAACCAGCCGACCUGCUUCUCUACCAAGAGUACCCGCCAUGGAAAGUGCCAAGACUAUUUCAGUAUCUCGAAGAAGUAGUGAAGAAAUGAAACGGGACAUUUCUGCACCUGAGGGAGCAUCACCAGCCUCUCUUAUGGCUAUGGGAACAACGUCACCACAGCUGUCCCUGUCCUCUUCUCCUACCGCAUCUGUGACCCCCACGACCCGCAGUCGGAUAAGGGAAGAAAGGAAGGACCCUCUCUCAGCAUUGGCAAGAGAAUAUGGAGGAUCAAAGAGGAAUGCCUUGUUGAAGUGGUGUCAGAAGAAAACGGAAGGCUAUCAGAAUAUCGAUAUUACAAACUUCAGUAGCAGCUGGAACGAUGGGCUAGCCUUCUGCGCACUCCUGCAUACAUAUCUUCCAGCCCACAUUCCAUAUCAAGAACUGAACAGCCAAGAUAAGAAAAGGAACUUCACACUGGCCUUCCAGGCAGCUGAAAGUGUUGGCAUCAAAUCCACACUGGACAUUAAUGAGAUGGUACGGACUGAAAGGCCAGAUUGGCAAAAUGUGAUGCUGUACGUGACUGCGAUCUACAAGUACUUUGAAACCUGAGCAUACCAGUAGAAGCUGCCACUGGCUGGGGACCUCAACAGUCACCAAACAACACUAACACCAUUAGCUAUGCACCCCCAAAGCUUUCAGCGACUCUGGGCUGCCCUGCAAUGUGUGAGCCUCAGCCCAGUACUCUGUGUCCAGAGAACUCAGGCCAUAUGGCCCACAGUGAAGAACUGGGCUCUUCCAUAUGGCCUUUGCUAUGGGCACAACACGCAACACAAAAGCUGACUUUCUUCUGAAGAAAACAUCAAACUCCAUCAAGUGCCCUAGGGUGUAAAAACAAAGAGGCUUGUCUCUACCCAGAUUUGGGAAAAGGAAUUGAACUAUGGGGGACUCCCAGGAGUUGGUGAAAGCUUUAGCUACAGAACUUCUUGACUGUUACCCAUGUGGGUUCCAUUGAUGGUGUGAACCAGGAGGAAAGAGGAUACCUGGCAGGUGUCUGCUCCCUAGGGCUGGGGUGGAUCCAGCUAUGGCCCUUUACAUGGCCUGGUUUCUAGCAUCACUACAGAAAUGGGACAGCAACCCCUUCCACAGUGCUGUCCUGGCUGCAGUGGUUUAGGAGUUUUUAACUUGAGUUAACAGAGUGUCAAGAAGCAUAGCACAGGCAUUCCCAGCCCACAGGCCCACAGCCGGGUAUGUCUGCUGCCACUGGGCUUCUGUUGGCAGAAAGCAGGCAGGGCUCUUGGCUCACUGGCCAUCUGCCUCCAGCCCCAGCUCUGGCUUCAGGUUUCUGAGUGAAAGGACUGGUUAUAAAAAGUUAUCCUAGUUAAAAUUUUUGUUUUAUUAUGAACAAUAUUGUGAAAAAUAGCUCCUAAUCUGUUAGUACCAAAGUUAAGUUGUUUUAGUAAGCAUAGGAAUAAAACACAAAAUUUGGACAUUAGCAUGGUGAGAGCAAGGAGUGAAGUAAGAAAUAGCAGGAGAAAAAAAAGGACACAACAUAAGGAGUCCAGACAGUAUAAUUUUAAAUCACCACUGAUUUGCCAAGACAUCCGCCUCGUGGGCAGGAAUAUAAGAGUGCCUUACCUCUCCCUUCGUCAGGGCAACCGUGUCCUCCAUGGCCAGGGCAGAUGGCAGCAGGGAUUCAGUGAGGAGAUGCCGCACAGCUGUGCCCUCCUUCCCCAGGUGCUGGUUCUAUGCUGUUUGAACCACAGCCUUACUUAAAGGUGGUCCAUUGAUGACUUUAACUAUUUUGGAGCCCACAUCUCAUGUGUGCCUGACACAGUAGCCCUUAGUUUAGACAAUGUCAAGAACUGUCUUAACUUCCAAAAUACAUCUGUUGGGCACCUGCAAGGCACCAUGAGGAGGACUGGCUACCACUGGAGGCAGGGUGGCAGCCCCAUUGACCAGAUGCACAGAAGAUGUACCCUGGAGCCCUACUGCGGGUACAUCCAGCUGUGGGCAAAGGGUCUACAUUCAAGUAAGAUGCUCUAGACUAGGAAUUUGAGGCAUCUGUGGAGCCUAGAAAAGUGGUUAUUAAAAACACAAGUAGAUAACUGUCUGCCCUGAAGUGUCCUAACCUGGCAGCUCAGACUGCUGCCCCUGACUGAGGGCUCUGAGCCCAUUUUCAGCUAAAAGAGAGGCCAAGUGAGCACCAUCAAGUCUCAGAGCAUGCCAGAAGACCCUCCAGGCACCUGGCUCAGUCCUCUGGCUGAGUUCUAUUCUUAUUCCUGUCCUUGUUGCUCUGCUGACAGGCAGUUGUGAGUGUGAGAAUCAUCAUUUCUAAUUGUCUCUCAACUUAAUUUUUCUGAGUUGCUGCCCCUGCUCCCAUUUGCCCUCAGGUUCACUGUCUGCAUCUAGGGUGUCUGAUCUGUGGUCAUGUUUUUGUUAAUUUAUUGUAUCAUGGAGGGUGAGCUGUUUUGUCCUAUGAAUGAGAAGACUUUCUUUCCUAGGUCUGCAGUUCCCAACUUUGUCCCAUGCUGACUGCAUGAGUCCUGCCUUGGCAGCUCAUUCUCAAGUGGAGGUUGUCAGAGUCUUCUGGAAGAAGGUUUUGGGGAAAGGUGGCCACUGCCAAUGGGCUGUGUCCAUGGAGAUAGCAUGUCUGUUCUGGAAUUCAAGGACCAGCAGCAGGAGCAGAGGGUAGGCUUAGGGAAGAUCCACCUGUUUGGAGGCUCACCUCCAACCCCCCAUUCCCUGGGAAAGUCAGCUGCCCACAUUAGUGUAAGGGCCCAGGUGGUCCAGAAGCAUUGCUUUUUGCCUCUUCUAGCAGGACCCUUAUAACACUAUCAGAUUUUGUUUUGUUUUGUUUUUUAAAAGUUAUAUUUGGAGGUGCUCUUAUUCCAGGGGUACCUGCUAUGAAGCUUCCAGGAAGUCACUUUGCCUCUUCUCCCUUCAAGCACAAGCUUUACUGCAAAAGGGCCAGUUUACCUUUCUACUUCUUUGGAUCACAGGCUUCUGCUGACUGAUGAAUGAUACUUGGUUAUUUUAUUCUAGUAAAUAUUCUUGAAUGUAUUAAAUUGUUAAAACAUG